GUAACGUCGCGACGUCCGGAUACAGUCUUUUCUCUAAAAUAUUGAUGCGUCUCUAAAGAAAAUAGUUAAAACGCGAAAUCGGAAGAUGAAAUACCGAUUAACCGUAAUAAAAAGUCAUUCUAGACGUCCGAAACUGGCGUCGUUUUAUAUUGCUCCGAUUGUCAUUCGGUCACGAUCAGAAGUAUAGCGGAUUUCGCGAAGAAAAGGGACGCAUGUAAAGAACUUGGCGGUGUGUUUGGCGGGACAAAAUCUUUGUCGAAUCAGUGCAGUUUCGAGUCACAAUGACUAUGAUGUUAGAGUGAUCCUUGCUAUUAAUCGAGCAACGAACAUACGUUAUCAUCAUGCAAUUCGUUACUCUGCUAUUUUGCUCAUUGAUGAUGACAAGGAUAUCAGUGGUCUCAGGACUCUAUUUCCCGCAAUCGAAUCUCACUCUAAGGUUUCCGUACUUGGUUCAAUACGGCACAAAGGUUGUACCGGAGGUCAAAUUAAUUAAUCUUAGGACGCUUCGGAAUGAUUCCACUAUACCGCAAGAUGUGAAGUAUCAGAUCAUCAGGUUGCAGGAGAAGUUUGCAAUCUACCAGAAAAACACGAGCCAGAUUGUGUUGCAGAAUCUUCCGCAAAAUGGAACUCUCGGUACUAUUAUCGUCAAAGCGAGCGAGAAAGGUUUCAGCGAAGCGUUACUCAAAAUAAAAGUGCAACCAGUACCGAUAAUGGGAGAAACUAUCAAUUGUACGGAAUACAUGCAGGACAUGUGCUUCUGGAACACAUCGAACUACAAGAUUUAUGAGAAUCAACCAGUCACAAUGAUUGGCACGUUUGGCCCGGAAGCGUACAGCUAUAUGUGUUCCAACUUUAGCGUCACCAGAUAUGAAUUAUCAAAUGGCAACGAUUAUUUUUAUAUAGAUGGUAAUAAGUUGUUCGCGAACGCGUCGUUGGACCGAGAUAUUAUCGGUCCUCCAGGAGGACCUGGACCUCGCAUUCAGAUCGAAGUGAGAUGCGUUGUUUGGGAAAAUACCGGGAUGCAGCACGUGCAGACAAACGUUCUUACUAUCGAUAUCCUGGAUCAAGACGACAAUCCUCCCACAGCGCAAGGCAAAACUUCCAUCGCUAUAACGCUUUCGGACUUUCCCGAGGGCCGUAAAUUGAUAGAUGAGAACCACAUGAUUUUGACGGACGCGGACGCGGUUACUAGCAAUCAGUACAGCAUUCGCCUAAUUGGCGAUACCUCUCAAGCUUUGAACAUCACUUAUGAUACUUUGAUGAUCCAGCAUCCUCGACACUCGGAUCGAGCGCCUUACACCGCCAUUGUUCCAAGAAUCCACGCCAGGAAGACACUGCUACCGGAAUCGCCGUAUCACGUAGUCCUUCAGGUUACAGAUGAAUCGCUUCUCAAAGGAUACGGAGCGAAUUCGAUAAACAUCAGCAUAACUUUCUCGGGGCCGGUACAUCGAGCUUCGAAUAUUGUGACCCCAUCAUCCGUCAUGGUACAAGAAUCAUUCUCGUAUCCGGCGAGUGUGAAAAUUGCUCGGAUUUCGUCAAAAUACAUGCGCGUGGCGAAACCAACAGUAAAACCCCAUCCCUCGAUAACUUUCAUCCUGCACGGUUCCAGUGCAUUCAACGUCACCCGACGGGACGGUAUCAUUUACGUGUCCAACGAAACUAAGCUACGAUCCGAGCCCGACAUCAUUCAGCUGAAAUUAAAAUGGAGCAAAGAGAAUCAGACGACAACCAUUACGCUACAAGUAAAACUAGUCAACGUGUUGCCGUCAAAGGCUAAUACGUGCGAACAAUCGGCUCGCGAAGAGAUGCACUCGUGCGCGAAUGCAGAAUCACGCGAAGAUUGCGAGAAGUCCUGCGGAAUCGCCAGCGGAGUCUUCAGCAAGGAUAGUUUCGUCGGUCAAUGCGUUUGGAGGGGCAAUAAGGAAAACAAUCGAACCAAUGUCACGAGUCAAAUGUCGGAAUAUUAUUCCACCUGUUCGCCGGAUCUCACGUACUGUCCGGACAAUGAAUGUGACGAGCUGGAGCGCAGCAAUCCGCGUAUAUGUCCGCAAGACUGCACCAUCGAUUCCGAUUUGACGUUUUUCGCCCACAUGAAUCAGAACGGUCGCGGCAUAAAGAGCGGUCUAGGGACUUGCACCUGUAACGACGAAUUGCGAUGUGCCUGCGGGCCCGGUGCCUUUCGACAACAAGAAAACGACGUGCCAGAUGCUAGGGAAGAACGACCUAAAAAAUCACGAAAUCGAAAUAAUUCCGAUCCCGUAUCGGGUGCGCGUAAAGCGUCCAGCGGACCAUGCGGUCCUACAUGCAUGAUAGGUGUUAUUGGAGCUAGUCUGUUUGUUUUGAUCGUGAUUGUCGGCUCAUUUAUUACAUGGAGGUAUAGGAUGGCGGCGAAGGGCGCACGACGGGAAUGCAAACACAGGAUGGCCGAUGCGGCAAAUGGUAUUGGUAUUUUGCCGUCCGACUACAUCGAUCGUGGUGAUGGUCUCUUGAUCGGUCUAGACAGCUUCACAGCGGCGAAUCGUCAUCUAUUGCUGCCCAAGACGUGUCCGCCGGAUCCAAAAUGGGAAUUUCCACGCUCACUCCUAAAGAUCGAGCAAGUGCUGGGCGAAGGUGAGUUUGGACGCGUUUUACGCGCCAAAGCUACGAACAUUGGCGGGAUGCCUGGCCCCACGACCGUCGCAGUGAAAACAUUAAAGGAAGACGCGUGUGCUUCUGAACUGGCGGAUCUGCUGUCUGAAUACCAGCUGCUGAAAGAAGCACAGCAUCCGAACGUGAUCCGAUUGCUGGGCGCCUGUACGAUGCCACCAGGCGCGCCUGUCUAUCUCAUCAUCGAAUUCGCCGAAUUCGGCUCUUUACGCAACUAUCUGAGGCGCAGCCGGCAUUUGGAAUCGGAAAGCAGAAAUCCCGGUUCGACAUCUCUGCUUUCCACUUCGCCGAUCAACGGCAUUGAAGAAUCGCGAUGCGCCGAUAAUAAUACAUCGAACUGCAUUAUAACACCACGCGAUAUCCUUUCAUUCGCUUGGCAAAUAAGUAAAGGGAUGGCGUAUCUCGCCGACAUUAAGUUAGUGCAUCGGGAUCUCGCGGCAAGGAAUGUUUUGCUCGCAACCGGCAAGGUCUGCAAGAUUUCGGACUUUGGUUUAACUCGCGAUGUGUACGAGGACGAUGCAUAUUUGAAACGAAGCAAAGGACGAGUACCCGUAAAAUGGAUGGCGCCGGAAUCCCUGGCUGACCACGUGUACACCAGCAAAUCGGACGUUUGGAGCUUCGGUGUGCUCCUGUGGGAGUUGGUCACAUUAGGAGCUUCGCCGUAUCCCGGAGUGGACGUACAUAAUCUCUAUAAUCUGCUGAAGGCCGGCUACCGUAUGGAGAAGCCGCCUAACUGCUCGCAACAAUUAUAUAAGCUAAUGGUAUCCUGUUGGCAUCAAGAACCUGGCAUGCGACCAUCGUUCAAGGAACUGACCAGCCAUUGGGAGCGCAUGUUAGAGGAUGGUGUCGAAUAUCUCGAUCUUAAUCCAAGAACCGUCCAUAAUCAAGCCUACUUUGCAUCUCUACAUGCCUUGGAUAGCGCGAAUGAUUCUGAGAAUGAUCAGGUAGAUAACGAGACUGCGACUAUUUUGAAAACAAACACCGUCAACUAUCUUGGUCGAAUAUCUUCUGAACCGGUCACUAAAUGUGACAAAGUAGAUAAACUACAGACACUUUGGCAACCUUCCGUAGCGUCUUUUCCCGAGGAAUCUGUGAAGUCACCGUACGUGAACGAUCCACCAAGCCUGAACGCUAAUCACUACGAGAGCCCGAUAAAGCUGCGGAACAUCAGUAUGACCAGCAAUAGCGAAAACGACUUGACAACACCUUCGAACGAACGUCCUCAGUCCUACAUCGAUAUGCAGGGAAAGAAAUCGGAGACAGAAGACCUCUUGGUAUUUAGCAGUAAGGACGAUGACAAGAACGAUAAUAACGUGACGAACUGAUCGACAUAAUUUCGUAUUGGAUAAUAUAUUGUGUCGAAUUUGAAAUGUAACACGAAUGAGAAAAUUUCAAAAUCGGAAACACAGCUUUCUGAGUCUCGAUAUUUAUUGAUUUCAGACUAAUACAUGGUGAAUGAAAAAAGUUAAGAUAGUCGAAUGAUGAAAUAAUUGACGAUUCCGAGUUAUGCAAGAGAAGAGAAUAUUUAUUUAACGAAGGGACGGGAGAAAAAAAAUGUGCAAAUGGAUUGGAAUCCAAUGUGAUUUGCGUGAAUGAGAAAUGCCAUUUUCAAAGACGACGCGAUGCGGAAAAAAUGAUACAAUAGUUAUAAAGAAGUGCUGAAUGAAAAUUUGCUAAAAUCGCAAUUGUAGCAACGAGUAAGUCAACUUCAUAAAGUUAAAGAAGUUAUGAGUUGUGAGACACCGCAAAAGGUAUUUUUGAACGAAUUGACUGAAUGAAACGCUCUAUCAAAAAUUAAGAGCAAAUUAUAUCGCGCCAAAAGCGAUUUAUUAUACCAAAUAUAAAUUAGUAACUAAUUCGUUCUACUUUUAUGUACUUAAAGUCGUACGACUGUCCGUCAAUGAUCACUGAUGAGGCUGCUUUUAUUAUUUUCAAUAAAAAUAAUUACGCAUUAUCAUUAGUGCGAUUUUUUAAAAAUAUCAGAUUUUCAAUUCAUUUUUAAAUCUUCAUUUAAAAAUCUUUUGCAUAUCGCACUAUGCAAAUAUGAUGAGAUUUGAAAAUAAUUGCUCAUUAAGAAUAACAAGCUUUUUUGGCGAUAUAAGAACACUACAGGAUGUUUUUAAACUAUAAAUUAUUUUUCAGCUAUUACUAACAGUUUUAUAAUUUUUAAUUGUGACUCUUAUAUUAUUCAAUUUUAAGUGGACUACACUUCAACAAAAAUAUCAUUCGAGAUAUAAUUGCGAGAGAUAUUAAUGUUAUAAGAAGUUGAAGAUGGUCUUCCAUCAUAUUUUUCUUGAUAAAUAUCAGGUUGUGAAUUUGUAUGACGGGACACCCUAUUCAUGGCGCUAAUUUAAUUGUCUGACUUAAAACUUAAUCAUCACGCUUCCUUGAAAAUUAAAUAUUUUCUAUUGUCGCACUAGCUUUUGUAGCUUCGUGUGUUUAACACAAAGCAGCAAAUCGCACGACGAAGUGAUACGAUCGAAAAGUAGAAUUUUUACGAGAUAUAUGUGCAAAUUUCGGUUUGGCACAAACCAUAUCCGUAAUGUAUUUCGACGUACUUCAAUGUAAUGGAUAUAAUAGACGAGAAAUCGUCCUUUUUGUAUUUAUGUAUAAAAUGCAACAUUCCACACGAGAGAGAUUAUCCUAAAUUAUUUAUCGUUUUACGAUUUCUACGACGACUGCGUAUGAUUUCGAUUUGUACUUCGUUUUCUUUUUUUUCAUUACUAAUCGAUGCGUUACGACGACAACGAUAUCGAACGCGCCUUACAAACUGGUUAACAUUGUGCCAUAUUAUUUUCUUGUGAUUAAUAUAUUACAAAAUGUAUAAAAGAUGCUUCCAGACGAAGUACACCUUUAUAUUACCUGCA